AGAAUAAAUAUGUCAGUAAAAGUAAACGAUGAAGAUGAUAUCGCAGUACAGCAUUUUCGGGAAUAUUUACGAAUUAAUACAGCGCAUCCAAAUCCUGAUUACGAAAAAUGCACCAAAUUUUUAUGUUCUUUGGCUGACGAACUUAAUUUGGAACGAUCUGUUCACGAAUGCAUUCCUGGUAAACCAUUUGUAAUAAUGACUUUACGAGGUCAAAACGAUUCACUCCCGUCAAUAAUGCUCUAUUCACAUACUGAUGUUGUCCCUACACCUGAUAAAGAGAGUUGGAAAUUUAACCCAUUUGCUGGAGUUAAAGAUAUAGAUGGGAAGAUUUAUGGUCGGGGUGCUCAAGAUAUGAAAUCUGUCGGUAUACAAUACAUUGAGGCGGUGCGACGCUUAUUAAUUAAGCGGCAUCAUGGCUUUCUACGAACAAUACAUAUCGUUUGGGGCCCAGAUGAGGAAAUUGGUGGAUCCGAUGGGAUGGAAAAAUUUGCAUGUAGUGAAGUGUUCUCAAAACUCAAUGUUGGUUUUGUCUUAGAUGAAGGCAUGAGCACUGAGAACGAAGCAUUUAAAGUAUAUUAUGCAGAACGAUGUCCAUGGUGGAUUGAAAUUAGUUGUAAAGGUUGUGGUGGACAUGGAUCCAAAUUCAUUGAAAAUACUGCCGCCGAAAAGGCUCAGAAUAUAAUUAACUGCUUUUUGGAAUAUAGAGAGCAACAAAAAAAGUUGUUGCGUUCGAACGAGGACUUGAAUCCAUCUGAUGUCAUAUCUGUCAACUUAACAAAAGUCGAGGGUGGUGUUCAAAUAAAUGUUGUGCCCACUGAAAUAAAAAUCUGUAUGUUUAUUUCGGAUUUUCUUAUGAUUCUAAACAUAUCAUCUGUAUUUUCAUGGUUCGACCUUCGAGUGCCGCCAACUUACGAUUUUGAGUUCAAUAGCUGGAUUCUUCGGCAUCUUUUUACUAUGCACUGGCUUCUCAAAUAUCAAUCUUGUUUCCAGUUUCUGGAAAACCAGAUCAAAGAAUGGUGUUCCAAUGCAGGCAAAGAUGUGACGUACUCAUUCAUAAAGAACACGAGAAUAAAAGCAAUGACUCCGAUAACAGAUAAAGAUCCUUGGUGGCGUGCAUUCUCUUCAGUUUUCAAAGAAUUGAAUUUUCCGAUCUCAGUAGAAAUAUUUCCGGGAUCCACCGAUUCUCGCUUCAUCAGACAAAUGGGAAUAUCGUCAAUUGGCUUUACUCCAAUCAACAAAUCACCUGUACUUCUCCAUGCCCAUGACGAAUUUGUAACCGAGGAAACCUAUUUGAAGGGUUUAAAAAUCUAUGAGAAACUGAUCGAAAAACUAGCUAAUGUGCCGCAAUAA